UUUAAAAAAAUAUUAUUUAUUUAUUUGAGUGCUAGUUAGAGAGAGAGGGAAAGACAGAGAGAAAGGUCUUCCAUCAGCUGGUUCACUCCCCAGAUGGCCAGAGCUGGGCCAAUCAGAAGCCAGGAGCUUCUUCUGGGUGCAGGGACAGAGCCUUCCAAGUGAGAACUCUGGUGGCUGCUUCAGUCACAGGAGCUGCAGACCCCGGCCCACUCAGAGGACGGGGUCGUGCACACUUCCGCUAAGACAAGCAAGCCCCGCACAGAGACCUGGGGAGCGCGGCCCGCUGGACGCUGGGGGUGGACAGCCCAGCAGGCCCCGCGCGCUCCCGGCGGGGAGGCCAGCCCAGGUCCCCAAGCCCCCGGGCGCCCCGCGGCCCAGGAAGCGAGCCGCGCGCCAGGACCGCGGGACCCCACGCCCCUCCCCGCCGCACGGCGGCGCUGCGCAAGGCCGGCCGUUGUCCGGGGCCGUUGGGCGCCCACGUGGCUUCUGGACGCCUGGAGGCCGGCGCGGGGGCGGGCGCCAUUACGAGAGGCCGGGGGCGCGGGGUGGAGCCGACGAGGAGCCCAGAGCGCGCCCGCGGCGGCGGCGUCGGGUGGGAAGACGAGGCGCGGCACUGGGGGGCGUGGCGGCCGGCCUGCAGGCGGGGGCGCGUCCAGGGCAGGAAGCUGGAGUCCCCGUGGAGCUGGUGGGCGCGGCCCCCGCAGAGGCCUGAGGCGUCCGGCGCGAUGGCAGGGGCCGCCCCCGGGGCGGCGGCAGGGGCCGCGCGGCUCGCCACGCCCGCCACGCCCGCCACGCCCGCCGCCGGGCGCGUCGUCCAGGGCGAGCGGGCCAGAGGCGCGGCGAAGAUGCUCCAGGUCCUGGUGCUCCAGGUUGAAGACCCAGAUUGCUUCUGGGUUAUUAUAAAAGGAUGUAGUCCCUUUUUGGAUCAUGAAGUCGACUAUCAAAAACUAAAUAGCGCCAUGAAUGGCUUCUAUAACAGCAUGUGUAAAGAUACAGAAAUAAAACCAUCAGUGUUGGAAGAAGGACAG